AUGCCCGCUGCAGUAGAACCAGCCCGGGUCUACACCGUCUCUGGUGGUGGUGCCGCUACGUCUGGCGCAGCAGGCACCUCGUUCAACUCUUCCUCCCUUCCAGACCUUUUGCGAAAGUCGGGUUCCUCAAAUAAGCGCAAGAAACGCAAGACGGCGCUCAAGGACGAAGAGAUCCUCUCGCGCAUCGAGCUCAUCCAGGACUUUGAAUUCCCAGAAGCCAGCAACCGCCUCACAGCAACACGAGAUGGACAGUCCAUCGUCGCCACCGGCACAUACAAGCCUCAAAUUCGAGUGUGGGAUUGCGAGCAGCUCAGUCUCAAGUUCGAACGUCAUACCGAUGCAGAGAAUGUCGACUUUUUGAUGCUCUCUGACGACUGGACAAAAUCGCUUCAUUUGCAAACCGACCGAACCGUCCAACUUCAAGCACAGGGAGGCGCACACGCCCGCGUCCGCAUUCCCAAGUUCGGACGUGCUCUCGGCUACCACUUUCCUUCGGCCGAUGCCAUCGUAGCCGCCGCUGGACGCGAGGUGUACCGUCUCAACUUGGAUCAAGGCCGGUUCCUUGCUCCGUUCGUUCUUGGAGGCGGCGAUCUGGGCGAGCCAACGGGAUGCAACGCCAUCGACGUCAACCCAGCACAUGGUCUGCUUUGCUUUGGUACCGAAGGCACGGGGGUGGUCGAGAUGUGGGAUCCACGCAUGCGCAAGCGAGCAGGCGUCUUGAGUGUCGCCACAGAGACGGUGCUCGACGCUGCUCUGCUUGUGGCUCGUCGCAACCUGCCAGGCGUCAUUAGCGAGGGCGACGAUUCGACGGCCACCAAGGAGGCGCUCUCUUCUUUGUCUGUCACUGCGCUUGCCGGUGCUGAGGACGGACUCAACCUGGCUGUAGGCACCAAUACGGGACACGUGCUUCUCUACGACUUGCGCAUGGACCGUCCCUACCAGACCAAGGACCAAGGUUUCGGUCUGCCCAUCAAGAAACUCAUGUGGCCGGGCGACAAGGCUGCUGCCACCACAGGCGGUGCCGGUCCCCGCACACGUUCCGAGGCCGAGGGCAAGGUGCUCAGCGCCGAUGCCAAAGUGAUCAAGAUCUGGGACAAGGAUUCCGGCGACAACCUGGUCUCGGUUACCCCACCCUCUGCGGCGACCGAUAUCAACGACGUGGCCCACUACCCUGGCACCGGUCUGCUCAUGGCGGCCGUCGAAGGAACGCAGAUGGCUGCGUGGUACGUGCCUGCGCUGGGCCCCGCGCCACGCUGGUGCUCGUACAUCGACACGCUCACCGACGAGAUGGACGGUGUCGACUCCACAGGCGCUGGAGCGGGCAAGGGCGUGUACGAAGACUUUAAGUUUGUCGACCGCGCCGAGCUCGAGCGCCUGGGCAUGUCGCAUCUGGUGGGCACCCAACUGCUGCGGCCCUACAUGCACGGCUACUUUAUCUCUCUGCCGCUGUACGAGCGCGCGCGUCUGCUCAACAACCCUACCGCCUACGCCGACGCACGCGAACGUGCCAUCAAGGCCAAGCUCGAGAAGCAGGCCGAGAGCCGCAUCCGUGCGGUCAAGAAUCCGAAGUUGGACGCUGGAGUGCGUGUCAACAAGGAGCUCGCCGAAAAGGUGGCACGACAAGCAGAGGUGGCGGACAAGAAGCAGGCCAAGCGCGAUGCCAAGGCGGCCGCUGCUGCGGCUGCUGCUCCGGUGUCCUCCGCGACGACGGAAGGAGCUGCAGAAGAACCAGAGGCGACUGCAGCGAGCAGCAGCAAAGACAAGCCGAGCCCUGCCAACCUGCUGUCCGACUCGCGUUUCUCGCAGCUGUUCCAAGACCCCGCGUUCCAGAUCGACACGUCGAGUCGCGAGUUUGCCAUGCUCAAUCCGUCGACCGCGCUCAAGCAGGCCCGAGAUGGGCCCAGGAAGCUCACCGCGGUCGAGGACGAGGAGAACGAGAGCGACCGCGAAUCGAUCGAUCCGGACAUGGAGGACGAUGCGUCUUCGUCCGAAUCGGAGGAUGACCAGCAGGGCGGCGAGUCGGGCGAUUCGUCGGACGAAGGUGAUCUGGGCCAGUACGACCCGCGUGCACGAGACGCAUCGGGUAAGCGACCCAAGAACCUCAACCAAGCUGCCGACGUCCGCGGGCGACGUGGCGGCGGAGGCCGUGCUUCGGGUGCGCGUCUCGUCGAUGACGACGACGACGACGAUUCCCGUGGUGCCGGUAGGAGAGGAAACAAGAAGCACAGCUUCGAAGACCGCCUCAAGUCGUCCGAGUCGCGCGACGGUGCAGCCGCUGGGGGAGCACGCCGUCGUCCUCGCGCUUCGGACUUUAUGGGCGGCGACGGCCAAGCCGCGGCCGCCUCCGGUGCGAGGAGCUUCACCUGGACUCCCUCUGCGUCUUCGAAGCGCGACGGAGACGACAAGAGAAAGGCGAGCGGCAGUGGGAGGAAGAGCGCUGGCGACGAGACGUUCGGGUAUGGUCUCAGCAAAGGCGCCGGUGCUGACGAGGGUAAGGGCGUGGAAGGUCUGUCGGAUGAGGCUCGGUUUGGUCGUCAGAAGCGCAGGCACCCGAACAGGUCGGCGAGUAAGAACGUCAUUAUGCGAAGGAGUUAG